CACAUCUAUGUGUUUGCUGGAAUCUAUGUGGUGAAAGUGACCUUGCGGAGUGGAGUCUCUGUGUCUUCAUUGAUUGCAGUUCAAGACCCGGUGAAAGGUCUUUUUUUAACAGGACCAGACAAACUCAGUCUGGCUGUCAGUCAGCUUGUUCCUUCUGUCGUGACCUGGACAGCCAAAGUCUCUAAUGGUACAAGCUACAUCUUCCGCUGGACAUUUUCAAAUGGAACAGUGAAUGGCACCCGGAUAGGAACUGAAAAGUUCUCCAUGGAGGUGAGUGCACCAGCACAACUAAGCAUCAGUGUUUCAGUGGAGAACGAAGUCAGUCAGCUUUCUGCCAACUUUACCACAACGGUCCAAUAUCCAAUUCUUCAAGUUGCCUUAACUGUAGCCCGGGCUGCUCUUGGGCAGCCAAGCAAUGUGGCUGUAACAGUGACUCCAGCCCAGGACUACUCUAUUUACUUGGAUUUGGGUGAUGGGGAGAAUCUACUUUCAUCCUCUCUUGAACAGCCACCGGAGCUCCACUGCUCCUCAGUACCUCUGUGUUCUUCAACAUUCCAAUUCCAACAUGUGUACUCUGCCAUUGGAGUUUAUAACCUGUCUGCCAGUGUGGCUAAUUCUGUCAGCUCUGCCACACAGACAGCAGACGUUGUGGUGGAAGAGCCUAUUGCUGGUAUCCAGCUAGUCCUGAUGACUCCAAGUGUGAUCAGAAUUAGAGACUUCAUUAACGCCACAGUCUCUGUGCAGUCUGGCAGCGAGAUUACAUUUGAAUGGCUUGUUUCCUUUCCUUACCCUGGAAGUUACAAUCCAACUGAUUGCAAUACCCAUGUUAGUUCUAUGAGCUUCCAGCCUGAGAUCCCUGGAGUCUACCUCGUGUCUGUGAGGAUUUCCAGUCCUCUGUACAGCACCCCUUUCAUUAAGGGACUUCCAAGUCCAGUUAAAGUUCGCAGUCCAAUCAAUAACAUCCAUGCUACGUUUCCAUUUGACAUGAGCUACACAAAAAUGUAUCCCCAGCCAGAUGGGACAUAUGCCACUCAGGUCUUAGGCUUCAGUGUUCACACUUUCUCUGAAGACGUCAGUUUUCUGUAUGAUUUUGGUGAUGGGUCGCCUGUAUCUUAUGUCCAGGGAAGCCCAGGAUUUUUUUUUGGAGUAGCUGCUUCGUGCUUACAUCAAUUUACAAGAGAGGGUACAUACAUAAUCACUGUCACUGCAUAUAAUGAGUUCUACAAUGCUACUGAUGUGCUUGGCCCAUACUAUGUAGAAAUGCUGCCGGAAGGAUUGAUUGUAACAGUGAAUUCCAGCGUGAUUCAUAAAAAUGAAGUUAUUUUUUUUAAUGCAAGUCUAACAAGGGGAACACAUGUGACGUACACCUGGAACAUGGGAGAUCAGACUACUUAUGUUAAUCAAGGUCCGGUUGUGCAUCACCAGUUUUUAACAGCAGGCGUCUACACUGUGAUAGUAAAUGCUCGAAACCGUGUGGGAAGUAUCUUAACCAACACCAGUGUGUCUGUCCUUUACAGAAUGCAGCCUGUUCAGAUUUAUACAGACAAACCCAUCUAUGCAGCAGAUACUGAUAUUACAUUUGAAGCUGUAACUUCAGAAACCGGCCUGUUGGAAUUUGUGUGGUACUUUGGGGAUAAACCACCAGUAAGGACAACGUCUAAAAGUAUAACCACAAGAUAUUACACAGCAGACAGGUAUAAUGUGAUCGUCAAUGCAUCAAAUAGGCUGAGCUCAUUUACGUCUGACAUCUACCCCAUCACUAUCCAGAAAAAAGUCGAAGCCAACAGGCUUUUAUCUGAUGCGUCUGUUCUGGUGAAUGCCAGUGUCGCCUUCGAUUGCAGAAUUAAUUCUGGUACCAAUGUUACAUACCAGUGGACCUUUGGGGAUGGCACUUACAAAAUAGGCAGGAGCACUGAAUACCAUGUCUUUCACAGUAUGGGGGAGUUCACUGUGAAGGUAACAGUGUCCAACCUGGUGAGCUCUGUUUCACUUACUCGGCAGAUCUUUGUUGUGUAUGAGCCCUGCCAGCCGCCUCCUGUCAAAAACAUGGGUCCCCUUAAAGUGCAGGUCAGACGACACCAGGAUCUGAAUCUUAGGGUGACGUUUGAAGCUGAUAUUAAGUGUAACAUUUCCCAAGGUUUACUCUACAGCUGGACCUUCUUUGAUUCAAAUUAUAUUCCAGUAAAGCUUCCUCUGAUUGACACCAACAUGCAGAUUAUUUACAUCCCCAACAACUUUCUGGAAUAUGGGCGAUACACUGCUAUAGCCAGGGUCCAAAUUAAAGGGAAUGUGGUGUACAGUAACUACACUGUGCCCAUUGAGGUGAUUCCUACACCACCAAUCUGUGUGAUUGAUGGUGGUAACAAUAUAUUCAUCAGCAGCAGGAACAAUUCCUUAAUAACACUGAAUGGAGAAGGAUCAUUUGACCCGGACUAUCCAGAAAGUAUCUUAAGCUUUGCUUGGAAUUGUGUUCCUGUCAGUGGAAUCGACUCCUCCUGCUUUGACUACAAUGUUUCCACCACCGCCUCCACAUUCACGAUUCCAGCCUUCAUACUUAAAAGCAGAUUUGACCAGUUUCGCUUUACUCUAACAGUCCAGAGCGGGGAUCGCUUUUCUACAGCAGAAGUGUUUGUGACCAUCCAAGAGAGUUUACUAAAGACAAUAAAUGUGUUUUGCUAUCAGUGCAUAGGAAACACUGUUAAUUGGAAUGAACCAUUUUCAGUUGAAGCUAAAUGCGAGACAUGUGAAAACAUCUCAGACCUUUCUUUUGUCUGGAACUUGUAUUUAGUGAAUGCCUCUAAUGAAGACAGCACUGAAGUACCAUUUUGCAAAUCGCUCAAUGUCGGUGGCUCUUCAAGUUUAUUCGUUGACCCUUCAUAUGGAGGAAGUGAUCAAGCUACCCAAGCACUCCCAAUCACUGUGCCUCCUUCCACUUAUCCUGCUACUUCUUCCAAUGCUUUUUCUGUCACUAUAGCUCCUCCAGCUUCCAUGUCUCCUAACCCUGCUAAUGAUUCAGGUACACUUACUACUACUGCCACCAACUCUAAAAAUGCCACUAUAAACCCUGCUGCUCUUACCCCUAAUAAUACUGCACUAUUUUCAAACAACUCCACAAAUACUUCAGUACACCAAUCAAUCACAGGCACUACCACUGUUGAGCAGCCUCCCCCUGCUAGUAAAGAAGACCCUCCCUUUCCCCCCUUUCUUUUUCCUGUGGAGGGACCUGCGUCGGGAGGGAGAACGCGACGAAGGAGAUCAGCAUCUAAAACCAUCACAUCAGACAUACCUGUGCCUAAAGAUGCUGGGAGUUUGAAAAGCAGGAGUCCCAGCAGUAAAAAGGGUGCCACGGAAGGGCCGCUAGUGCAGUCCGGUGUUGUCGGCGGGCUUCGAGGUGAUGGCGUCCUUUCUGAAGGGUCUUCCGGGAGCUCUGAGGGAACUACUUUUAAUCUAAUACCAACUCCAGGCCCCCCUGUUUCUGUCAAUAUCUCUGUCUCCAGUGGCACAGUGGUUGGAGGAGGAGAGAGCAGUAGUGCUGCUAAUCAAACCUUUGGCUCUAACAACACUGAGCUUACAGACUUUGACACACACUACAAUGGAAUCCAAGAAGGGGGAUUGGCCUCAGGAUCAUCCUCGGGUGGCAGACCAGCAGGAAGUGACUCUGGAAUCUCUGAAGGGGGAGGUACAGCAAGUGGCGGAACAGCCAGUGGUGGAACAACGGGUGGUGGUUCGAGCAGUGACGAUGGCAGUAAUCUCGUUGAUAAUUCCAAUUCUCUUGUGGUGCUAUCCCCUGUUACCUUGCUGGACUUAAACAGAGGGAAGAUUGACAAUCGCAUCUUUGAAACCUAUACCUCUUCAGGUAUAUCUUCAUACUUUGUAACAUUUAAGCCAUUUAUUUUGCAACCCAAAAUGCUUUACAUGCUGGAGGUUUCUGCAAAAUCCACCCAUCAGAUCCUGGGUAAAAGUCAGUUAUUCUUCUCUAUAAAUGAAGUUCCAAAAGGCAUGACCUGCCAGGUACAGCCGAUCAGAGGGUACGAGGUCAGCACUGACUUCAGCAUAUUUUGCACUUCAGGGAAGGAGGAUCUCCUGUAUCAGUACAGUUUCAGCAUAGGAAACUCUUCUCGAAAGCUUUUAUAUGAAGGACGAGAUGUCCAGUAUUACUUCAACCUUCCUGCUGGAGAUCCAUCCGAUGGCUAUAAAGUUACCAUCUACACUGAGAUUAGUAAUAGAUUUGGUGCAAGAACGAAACCAUGCCCAGUAAGCGUGACCGUCUUGCCCAGUUUUCAGAGAAACCUGUCCUCCAGCUACAACCCUGAUGAAGAACUAUAUAUUGAUGGCCUAAAAAACCUUUCAAGGCUUUUGCUCAUGGGAAGUGACCUAGAGAUUCGAAACUAUGUCAUUUUGUUGACCAAUGUUCUGAACCGCCUGAGUUUGGAGCCUGGCGCCACAGUAGAGCUGCAGACACGAACAAGGAGUGCCUUAAUCGCUUCAGUGUGUGGACUUCACCUCACUCACCAGGGAGCACUGAUUGAUAAGCUGUAUAUGCUUAAUGAUUUAAUGGGGGUUAAAGAGCAGAUAACCUUCAGCAGUGCAAAGCUUGUCACAGGUCAUGUCAAUGAACUAUCACAGCGCUUCCAGGAGCCUUUUACCCCAGAUAGCUUUUUUUUGGAUGAAUGGACAGUAAGGCUUCUGGUGAGUCUGCUGUCGAAGUCCAUUGAAGUCCCUGACAACACCACUGAAGACGGCAUCGCGUUCAUCGCUGAUGGGAUAAGGACGACUAGAGAGCUGCUGCUGAAAUAUGUGGUUUUUAUAAACCACACCCAGUUUAAUGUAAACACCAGUCUGAUGGAGCUCCAGACUACCCAACACUACAGCUUUCAGAAUGCAGUGCAGAGAGCCGGCACCACCAGAUUUUACCUGCCUGACAUUUUAAACAAGCACAUAACUGCACAGACUGGCAGGAACAGCACGUGCUAUAUCAGUCAGCUUGUGUCCUUCAAGCAAAACCUUUACUUCUGGGGAACGGCACCUGUUAAGAUCAAUGGGGAUGUUGCUGACCUGUCGCUGUAUAACUGCAUCACCAGAAGAAAGAUCAACAUUAAAGGGCUUACAGAACCAGUCAAUGUUGAGUUUGAAAAGACAUACAAAAAUGUAAGUUGCUUUUCAAAGUUUUCACUGUUUCGGAAUAAAAUGAAUAUUCACAAUUUUGAAGUGACUUCUGAAAACUUGAUAGAAGCGCUACAAAUUACACUGGAUUUCAAUAGGCCAGCUGAGAAAGUCUUUCCCAUCAUGCUGCUGCUGAGGAUGCUUGAGAAGCCAACUCCAAGUAUCUACAACAUUCAGCAAAUUCACAGCUGGGAGAGUAAUAGAGCUCAGAUUGUCCUACCUGCGGGUUCAUUAAAAGACACAGGCAGUUGCUACCUUGCCCUCCUCAAUGCUGAUUACAACAGAACAGACAGAAACAAGUAUAUUGCCAGUGCUGUGAACUACACCAUGACUAUCCAGUGGACCCAGUGUCUGUACUGGGAUGACAUCAAACAGUGGAAAUCCGAUGGCUGCUCUCCUGUACAAGGCUUGUCAUCAAAUAAAGUUAACUGCAGUUGCAACCAUUUAACAACGUUCACAAUGGCAAACCGGCAAAUAAGUAGCAACUAUGAUUUUACAGAUGUGGCUCAGUUUAUUAGCCUCAUUAACAACUUGGUCCCAUGCAUCGUGAUCGUCUUCAUCCUGCUCAUCUACAUCCUCCUGGUUAUUGCCUGCAAGCAAGCCGAUCUGUACAGCGAAAAAAAAAGUGGUUCCGUCCUCCUGCAGGACAACAGCCCUUCUGACCAGCAGCUGUACUCAAUCAUCAUCGACACAGGCUUCCGGUCCAGGGCAGGCACUACAGCCAAGGUUCAUAUUGUUUUACAUGGUGAGGAUGGUGUCUCGGAGACCAGGGAAUUGGACUGCCCUGAUAAACCAUUAUUCAGCAGAAAUUCCAGACACACAUUCAUCUUAAGUACUCCAGACAGCCUGGGCCCCUUAUGGAAAGUCCAUCUGUGGCAUAACAAUGGCGGCCAGUCUCCAAGCUGGUACGUUAGCCAUGUGAUUGUCAAGGACCUGGUGACUGGCAUGAGCUGGUUCUUCCCAGCCGAGUGCUGGCUGGCAGUGGAUAAGGGUGAUGGGAAAGUGGAGCGAGAGCUGACCUGCCUCAGCCACGGGCCUGGGUUAAAAAAGCUCCUUUACUGUAAGCUGACGGAAUAUUUGGAGGAUUUUCACUUUUGGGCUUCUGUGUACAGCCGUCCUUCUCACAGCCAGUUCUCCCACACCCAACGCCUCACAGUAUGCCUUAUACUGCUGCUGGGCUAUAUGCUGCUCAACACUGUGCUCAUUUACAUGAAGGAUGAUGAGUUUACGGCUGAGUUGGGUCUCAUUGACGUCUCUGCCAUCUCCCUGGUAACGGGUUUCUUUAGUACUCUUGCUGCACUACCAGUUGGAGUUCUGUUGUCACUGCUGUUCCGAUUCAGCAAGGUAACAGUCAAAAAAGAUCCAUCAGCAGAGCAGAACACGUCUUCAAAAGCAUCUGAUAUCUACUCUGUGGAAGUUCACCGGGAUGCCCUGCUGUCAGAGGACAGUACUUUGGAAUCUUACAUGUCGUGGCAAAACCUGCAACGCUGGGCACAAGAAACGUGGCGGAAAAAGCAUGAGCGGGGCCUGGAAUCCCGCUCGUCCAUUGUUGUCUUUGAGCAGGACAGCGAGUCGAACAAUAAGAAGGAAGGCCCGUGUUCUUCCGAUUGCAGCUCCAGUGGCUUUGAGGACUGCAGCUCUCAAGAGAACGGCAAAGUCCCACCCAAGAACUUUGAGCACAGCAGCAGUGACCUUCGCUCAGGCAGCUCACUGGAUCGCAGUCUGUAUGAACACCACCAAGUUUUCGGAAGCAGUACAAUUGUGCUUCCCUUUUGGUGUCAUUACCUGGCAUGGACAGUCUGUUUGUUGCUUGCUAUAGUCUGUAUUGUGGUCACUGUCCUGCUGGGACUUAAGUUUAGUGGUACGAAAAGUCUUCUGUGGAUUCACUCUUUGUUCUUCUCCCUGCUGUUUUGUAUUUUUGUUGUACAGCCUUUAGUGAUUUUUAUAAUCGCAGCUGUGGUGUCAUUGAAAUACAAGGAACGCAGUGACUUUUACACAGGCUGCCUGGAAACUGGGCCUGUUCUCGAAGCUGUGAAACCCUGCUUGAAUGGAGGCUCUGAAAACUAUCGCCACAGUGUACACCAGGAACAGCGUACAGAUUUUGACAGGAUCAUAGCAGCUCGCCAGAGGGCACGCUAUCUCCGCCUUGCUCGUCCGCCCACUCCAGCACAACUGAAGGAAGCCAGAGAUAGGAUAAGGAAAGAAGGCUUGAUACAGCACACUCUGAGGGAGUUUGUGCUUUACAUCGUCAUGUUGCUCCUGCUCAUGUUUGUAACCUAUGGAAAAUUCUCCAGUGACCAAUACCUUCUGAAUCAGGCCGUUAGGACUGAGUUCACCAAGAAUCCGAAGAAACUGCUUUCUGAAGUGAAAACAGCUGAGGAUUGGUGGAGCUGGAGCUUGACAGCAUUAUUGGAGGGUCUGUAUUGGGACACCUGGUAUAACAAUGCUUCUGCAAGCGCCAAGGCGGGUCCCCUUAAAGGAACAUGUAGUCUGAUUGGCGAACCGGUGCUUCAGAAAAUACAAGUUAUAAAUAACACUGGCUGCACGAUUCCCAGCAUGUUUGCUGGCCUGAUCACAGACUGUGUGCCUCCUUACAGGCCUGAAGUCCACGAUCCAGGCAGCAAAGAGACCUCUGACAGCCAGACUGACACAGUACGAGUCAAUUUGUGUGGUCAAAUAGAGUGCUAUGAUGGAAAAGGAACUACUGUCAAACUGGGCAGAACAAAAUCUGAAGCGUAUCGCACGCUGUUGCAGUUGAGUGCUGACAGGUGGCUCGACAGAAGCACCAGAGCAGUGGUGGUGAAGUUCACACUCUACAACCCUCCCUCCAACCUCUUCACCACUGUCUCCCUGCUGGCUGAGACCCCACCGACAGGGGGCGUCAUUCCUUCAGCAUACAUUGAGUCAGUCCGCAUUUAUGAUGUCUCCUCUAUCCUAGAUUACGUCAUCAUGGCCUUUGAGCUCAUUUUCCUGGCUUUGAUUCUUCUUCACCUUUACUUCCAAGUCUGUGCAAUGCUUCAGAAGGGGUUGCUGGUUUACUGGCAGGAACCAUGGAAUUGGCUCGAGGUGGCCAUCAUUAUCAUCAGUCUGUUUUACUACACCUAUUACAUGUAUCACUUUGUGCUGGCUGUGGAAGUAAUAGAUUACCUACAGAGGGGAAACUUCAAAGCAUUUGUGGAUCUGAGUUUAAUCUCAUCCUGGGACCAGCUUACACGUUGUCUCCAUGGAGUGAUCAUAUUCCUUCUGUUACUGAAAUGCCUUCGCCUCCUGUGGAUUAAUAAAGUCAUCAGCCCCUGUGUGACAAUGCUGCGUCUUUCCUGCUCCAGCAUAACACUGCCAGUGGUGGCUGGCAUUAUUUUCAUGAUUGCCUAUUCCUGCCUCGGGAACCUCUUGUUCUUAUCCACAUCUCAUCCAUUCGGUACUGUUGUGAGGUCCUUCCAGACUGUCCUCAUGCACUUCGUGGGAGUGAGCAAGCUUCAGACCCUGUCUUCCAUGUACAAAACCAACCAGCUGUCCAUAGCAAUAUACUAUGGGACUUUUUUCUUCAUUAUGUCUGUCCUCUGGAUAGGAAUGAUUGCCGGGGUUCUCACCUCGUUGGCCCAAGACUCAAAGAAGUCUUCCAGAAGCAAACACCUGGUCACUCUCACAGAGGUUAUGGUCUAUGCUCGUGAAAGGCUUCUUGCUUUCAUCGGGAGAAAAAGGCAUCAAUCGCCAGACAGCCCUACAACAGGGGGCAGUAACUUUUACUUAGAUGAAUUUGAGAAUCUCAUGGAUGAGCUUCUGUUCCGACUCAACGCUUUUUCAAAUAGCCUUCACCGUUCUCUACCAGCCAAACAGAGAAACUACCUGGGUGACGAAAGCCCUCUGAUAUCCCAGUCUGAUUAUUAUUACUGUCCAGGCUCAGAGAGCGCUUCUGUGAAUGAAGACAGUGUUGGAAAGAAGGUUUAUAAAAUUGAGCAGAAGCUGUUCAAAAACAACCCAGAGAUAUAUAAUCUUUUAAUGUCCACCAAAGAGAAUGACUUAGCUAGUCAGAGACCUCUGAGAUCACAGCUUGAAACUGAAACGUUUCGCCAUCUGCAUCUGAAAAACCAUGGCAGCCCGUCAGCGACAUCCGUAGACAAUUCCGAGAACUGCAAGCCCAGCCAUACACACUCCCAAGAUAGAGAAGAUUAUCUGUCAGACUCUACGAAGCCCAGUGUUACUCUCCCUGGAAGUACAAAUCCAUCAAGCGAGUCCUGUGCUUCAAUGUCAGAUUCCUGUAGUUUGCCAGAGCAAUGCAGCAGUUGCCAGACAGGUUGUGCAGUAAACCCAGAUCAUUACAACCUUGCCAAACUCGGAGACGAUUUACCCCACGUGCUGUGUGGGACCAAGUGUCCCGAGAAGCUGGCUGCGCAGUCUAUUGAAAGCAGGACGAGCCACCAGCAGCGGUCCACGUCUGCCAGUGUGUCCAGCAAGAGCCGCAAACCUCUUAAACGAUCUCACACCAUCAUUAUCAAGCCCUUAGAGAGCCCCAUUGAGGUCACAGAAAGCCGGGCUGGCAGUAAUGAUGAGGUUGGUUAUGCUAGUGAAGAGAAAACCUCUGUAUCUGCUAAAGAUUCAGUGGAUCAGCCAACCAAACUGUCAAGCCCUGAGCGAUCGUCACAGCACAGCAACGCCAAAGGUCAGAGGUCAGGGCCAAAAGUGCAGGAAGGGGCCAAGAUGAAAAAAGAUAAGCAAAAAAAGAAACCAAAGAAAGCUGAUCACCACUUUUUGAUUGCCGAGGACGCACAAGAUUCAAAUCUGCAGAAUGAGCUUACUGUUCUACCGGAGUCACUAAGACAGUGCUGGUGACUUUAUGUUUCUAUGGUCUUCCUCUAACCUGCCAGUGGACAGAUGACCAGCUAUCUGUGCCUUUUUGCAUAACCUGUGCAGUACAGUAACUAAACAGAGAGAGCAGUAGAGCUAAUUUAUUCUGCCCACAAGUCAUGUGCUGCAGCUAUCUGUACAAAUGAUGACAUUUUUAUUUAGAAUGGAAUGGAUUGAAACUUGAUUUGUGCAAACCACAAUGUAAUCUAUUUACAAAAUAUUGUUCAAACAAACAUUUUGGUAUUCUCCCACUGAACACAAUGAAUAACGGGAAUGUUAAAACCAAGGGUGGUACAGGCAGAUAUUCUGGAACAAGUGCCUAAUCCAGGGGUGGCUGAACCCAGAUCUGGAGGCAAACUGUGACUGUCUUGACCUUCCUGGCUACUUUAAUUGGCAGCCUGUCAUUCACUAGCUUAUUGUUUUAAGAUACUCCAAUGAAUGAUAUAUAUAUAUUGUUUAGUAAAUAACCACCAGGCUCAAGAGUUUUAAAAGCCAUUUGUUUAUAAAUGUCAAUUAAGUGUUGCCCUUUGGACAAGCUUUCCGGCACAGUAAGAGAAAAAGGGCUUUUCUAUAUUGUCAUUGCUUUCUAACAAUUAACAUUAGAAGUUAUGGAGCACAACAACUCCAGGCACAGACACAAGGAGUUUCAUACUUUGGGUCAUAUGACUAUGGGUCAUGAAAAAAAUGAAUGGAAAAUGAAAUGGAAAAUAU